UUUGCCCUUUGCGGUUUGAUUAGUCCUGCAUCUGGUAGUCUCUUCACCACAGCGUGAGAGCAAUCCGCGACGUCAUCAUCAAAACAAUCACCCCUCCCGCCACAUCUACCUCUCACUCACUUCACCAUGGCGGACGAAUACCUCUCACCGUCCUUCGACCCAUCGAAACUCACUGUCCCUCAGAUCCGCGGGAUUCUGGUGGAACACAAUGUGCAAUAUCCAUCUGGAGCGCUGAAGCCACAGCUAGUAGAGCUCUUCAAAAGCAAUGUUACGCCACAAGCAGGCAAGAUUCUAAAGUCACGACAAACCGCGAAACGAUCAUCGAAAGGGAUCAUCGAUGUCCCAUCCAGUCAAGCGAGUACGGCCGACGACGAUGAGCUUGGGGAAAUGCUUCCUCCCCCGAAGCCGUCUCCGGCGACGCGCACCAGCCGACGCACCACUAGGAGCAGCGCUGAACCCGAUACGUUGGAACCAGCGGGAAAAACUCCAGGAAAGACUCCGAGGAAAACGCCGGGGAAAACACCGGGCAAACGGCCAUCGAGCAAACAUGCGCGGUCGGAAACAGAGUCGGAAGUCGAGAAACCGAAGCAAAGACGAACACGCAAGAGCGAGGUCCCGAAUGUGAAAACCGAAGAUCCUGAGCCAGACAUGUGGAGCAAGCUUGGGGACGAUAGCCCGUUUUCCGCUGAAAAUCCAUUUCAAAGUGGUGGCAGCUCUCCGCCCUCGGCGCCACGAACGGCGUCCAGGAGUCGAACGAGGAAGACACUGGAUGGCGAGCAGAGAGCGAAAAGGAAGAGCAGUGGCGACAAGAGACGCGUAACCACGCCUGCUUUGCCAUUUCAUGAAGAUGGAUAUUCCGUUCCCACCAGGACUACAUUCGAGAUGCCUGUUCCCCGAGUGAAGAAUCGCAAGUCGGAGCCAGUGGUUGAGGCAGGCGAAGAGUUCACACCGGAAGAGACACUGGAUCUUGUCAAAGCCGAAUCGGAAAGCCCCCAACUGCGCGUCGCGAGACGACCGCGGGAGCGCAGUACGUCGAGCACAGCGGGCGGCCUUUCCAUUUUGACCAUAUUCCUCGCCCUGUUUGCGGGGCUUUUCCACUUAUGGCGUGAAGAGAAAAUGCAGGUUGGUUACUGCGGGAUUGGUAAAGAGCCUGCCACCGAACUGGCGGGUGUUCACGUUCCCGAGGCGGUUCGGGAGAACCUCCUCCAUUGCGAACCAUGUCCGCACCACGCAUUGUGCUACGAGAAUCUGGAGACGACUUGCGAGAAAGGGUUCGUUCUGAAGCCACAUCCGCUGUCGCUAGGCGGCUUGGUGCCGAUUCCUCCCAGCUGUGAGCCAGAUGGCCUGCAAGCACGGAAGGUCAAGGCGGUUGCGGAUCGAGCCGUGGAGGUAAUGCGAGAGCGUAACGCCGCCUUCGAGUGUGGCGAGCUUGUCGAUGAGCAGGGCAAACAUCAAAAGUCACCGGAGAUAUCUGAGGAGGAGCUGAAGAAAGAGGUUAGCCGCAUGCGCAAGAAGCGAGGUGGUAUGAGCGAUGCCGAGUUCGACGAUCUAUUUUCCGGUGCGAUCCCUGAGAUCCUCAGUCGCGAUGAAAUUGCGGUCGGAACUGAUGGAACCAAAGGACGCACCCUCUCCAGCAACUCCCUCGCCCGACUCCCUGUCAGCUGCGCUGCCCGACGAUGGUUUCGACAGCAAGUGGCGCGACAUCUUCUCAAAGUUGUGAUUUUCCUCCUCACGGUCUCCUCUGGCUUCUACGCCCGGCACCGCGUGCAGUACCAGAAGAACGUGGAAGCGAAAGCCAAGCAGCUCGCGCGCGUGGCGAUGGACCGCCUCGCGAACCAAGCCUCGCUCAACGCGUACGAUGAGCGCGCGCACCCCGACGCGUAUCUCAGCAUGGUGCAGCUCCGCGACGACCUCCUUCGCGACGAGUUCUCGGCGACGCGGCGCGGCAAGCUGUGGGAGAAGGUGCAGAAGAAGGUGGAGAACAACUCGAACGUGCGGCCGACGACCAAGGAGACGCGGCACGGCGAUAUUAGCAAGGUGUGGGAGUGGACGGGCGCGAUUGAAGAUGCGAGGAACACGGAGAAGAGGGCGAGUGGAAGGUUUAGUCUGGGGCCGUUGGAGGGGCGGUCGAGCAGGAAUGAGAGCCCGAGUGUACAUUGGGAGGAUCAGACGAAUGGCGCGCCGGCUGAGGCGAGGCGUUGGGAUGAGGGACGGCCGAUUUACUGA